CCCAUGAUGCCUUGCGCUGAGGCUUUACUAUACAAAAGCCCGUAGUGUUGACAUACAGCAGGCUGAAAAUGAAGCUAGCGGAUAUCUAGCGGCGACUUCUCUCCGCUCGUUUAGUUGAAAUGGUCAAAUAUUAAACGAAGGUAUAUUGUUUUUAAGAAACAUAUUAUGUCCAGUCUUGGCGAGGACGCGCCUCCGUCGGUUCUAUAAGUUGUCAGUGCCCGUCUGGAGCUGGAGCUUCACAACCAGGCGAUGACAGCGACUACCGCCACUCCACAGGGCAUGAGAGACCGGUUACUGGAAGCCAUUGACGUCCACAGCAAUGAGAUCUCCAACAUUGUGAUUGUCAUGGAGGUGAUCUCUUUCCUGGAAAAAUAUCCAAUUACCAAAGAAGCCCUGGAGGAAACUCGUCUUGGAAAACUCGUCAACGAUGUCCGCAAGAAAACCAAGAAUGAGGAUCUUGCCAAACGGGCCAAGAAGCUUGUGCGGACGUGGCAGAAUUUGAUCAGUCCAGGAAGGAGCAACGUGUAUUCCAAAGGUGCAUCGUGGUCUUCUAUUGCUGUAGUCAACCAUUGCAGCCCCAUGACAGCUGCCACUUCACCUUCAGGUAAAACAGGUGUGGAAUUAAAGCACAGAAAGGACUUAAACAACUGGAAGAAAUCACCAAGCAACAGGAAACACACUGAAGACUCGCAGGAAGGACUCUCGCCAGCAAAGAUGCCUAAAAAGGCUGUAAAUGGCAAAAGCCAAUAUCUGCUUUCAAGCAAAAACAAAAGUGGCGCAGACAUUUUAACAGAUUUAUAUCAGACUGUAAACAAGGACUUUUCUAAACUAAAUAACAGUGGCAAGCUGCUAAAUGUUAAACCUGCACAACCUCACCCGAGUAGUCCAGGGUCCAGCAAACCUCCGAGCGCCUCUUUGUUACUCAAAGCAUCCGUUUUGCAGCAACAGCAAGCUGCCUUUAAGGAGCAGCACCAACCCAAUACGUCCGUACAUUUCAAGCUACAGGAAGGUGCAGCGCCAGCACAGAAUAUAUGUACCCAAACACUGAGACUUGUGUCUACUGACACUCCCGUUCAGACCUUAAAGGGGUGUCUUCAGGGUUCACAGGAAGACGAUGGCGCUUUUACUGAUGCGGCAAACAACAGACAGAACUAUAGGUUUCAGGAUGAUGCAGUUAAACUAGACCGAGGAGAUCUAGAGGACACUAAGCAUGUUAGGUUAAAAGACCGGAGACUGAUAUUCAACGCUGUUACAGGUCAAAUCCAAGCUUCCGUCAAUAAAGAAAAGGAGAAAGAGAAACUACAGACAGAGCAACAAAAGCAGAAUCCACCGCUUCCUCUCAGUCUGUUGCAGCACACCGAUUGGAAAGAGCUGUCGAGGAGCGAAAUCAUCCGCUCCUACCUUAGCCAGCAGAGUAGCAUUCUGACGUCAUCGGGCGCUCGCACUCCCACUGCGCACUUUUUCAUAACAGACAUACAAAGAAAAGAGGAUAAGAAAACACACGAGUUGAUAUCCGAGCCCCCGAGCAGGGUUUUACCCGGAGUGGGCAGAGAGAUCAGCAAUGAGGAGGUGCAGAGGUUACACACAGAGCACUGGUCAGGGGUUAACGGUUGCUACGACACACGGGGUGACUGGUACCAGUGGACACAGUGCAUCUCCUUGGACCCACAUGGAGACGAGAGCAGGUUGGACAUACUGCCGUACGUCUGUUUGGAUUGAAACUGGGAAGGUGUAAGGCUGCCGUUUCACCGCGCAGCACAUACCUUCUUCUGCGUUUUGUGCAUGCAGAUUGCAUGACGAUGGUAAUCUGUAAUUUCAGGAGCUUCAGCUGUUUUGUUUCUGUGUUUGUGGGACUUCCAGUUUGAGACCAAACCAAUCAGAGCACGCUGUUCAGUUUUGUGGCCACAGAUUGACUCGGCCUCAGGAAGCAUUAAACAAAUGUAAAGGUGACUAAAGGUUGUUAUUUUGUUUAUCAAUAGCUGUCAUGUUGAACAUUUUAGUUAGAAGGCCCUUUUAAACUGUUUUUUGAGGCUAUAGCUAUGAAAAUAUUCCAUUUAUAAUUAACAGUUCCUACUUGGCGGAAAUGUAUUCUUCGCGGUCAUGUCCGGAACCAAUUAACAGCAAUAAACAAGGGAUUAUUGUACAUCGAUACCUCCAGUAAUCCGUCCCAAAAGAUCAGACAAAAAAACUGAACCGUACAAAAAUCUAAGCAGUUUUUCUCAUAAGAAAUCAUGUAAAUCCAAUUCCAGAAACUCCAUAAAAGGAACACAAAACACUUAAUAAAAAUAAUUGUUGCUUUAAAUGCAGAAAACAAUGUGAAAUACAUAAACAUGACUAAUGAAAUGCAUAAAGGAAAACUUUACAUCGCUAAUUCAGGGGUGUCAAAAAUUUUCCACCAAAGGCUUGACAAUUAAAAGCAUUCAGGUGCCAUUUUGAUGUAGAUUUUUUUAUUUUGUAAAAAAAAAAAAUACAGAAAAUAAGCAUAUAGUGAAACACAAAACGUUGUGGUUUUGUGUUGUAUGUUACAAAGCGUAGUAUCAAUGUCAACAUUUCAACUUUUUCUCGUUACAUUACAUCUUUUUGGUCCAAUUUUUUUUUAACAUAAUGUUUCUUGGUUUGAUUUUAUUUCGACUGUAUGCUGUGGGCCAACAAAUGGCCCCCGGGCGACACUUUGGACACCCCUGCUUUAAUUGAGAACUCUUUUUUGGCAAAAACACGAGGGAGAAGGAGAGUGGAGCACCACCCGGACGUCCUCUUUAAACUCUUAAUAUGAGUUAUGUCUAGAAUUCAACAUCAAAGUGCUAACACUUACAACUUUUUUAGGCCCCAUGGUGGGUUACUUUGCAGUCAUACUAAAUAAAAAAGGGUAGAAACUGAGUCAUUAGAAAAUAGAGUUCUUUUGUUGGGGCACACGAUUCUGCGAAAUGACACGCAUACAAACAGACUAGUUUAUUAUGUGCAAUGUUUGGCAAUAGGACGGCAUCCAAAAACCGGGGCAUAGUUUUGCUGAACAGUUUCAUCAAAAAACUAGGUACUACAGUAUAUUUUUUAAAAUCUUUUUGUCUCAUUGUAAAAUAAAAAUAAGCCUCACUAAAGCUCAAACAAAUUUUACAGCAGUUUUUAUUGAUUGUCCCCAAAGUUUAUGGGCAUGCUGUGUAGCUAGUUUGGUGGUUAUUGUCUUUACAGGAGACACAUUAGGGUAAAAUUAACCUGGAACGAGGUAUACACAUUCCCACUUGAAUAGGGACUCAGGAGAAAGUCAAACAUAAAAUAAGAUGGUGGAUUGCAUAAUGUACUGUAAGUCAUUUCUGCAGAUAAUAUUGCCUUUUCUGAAUUUUUUUUUCCAAAAGUCAGCCUUUGUGAUUGCAGAGAAAGUUGUAUUUGUGAUCGGUUGCAGAAAACAACAUAUUUACUAUUAUGUGUUAAUAAAAUGAGAAAAAAGCGA